CCAGCAAGUUCCAACCUUGGCCAGAGAGAGGCUGAGUGUGUCCCACAACUAUAGUGUGUGUAUGUCCUAAGAAGUGCUAAAAUGAUCAACAGUAGUCAAGAAGUCCUUUCACCUGGAAUUAAUGAAUCAUUAUUCAAUGAGACCACGAAGAUGAAAUGUUCUUUCACUGAAUUUUGGGAUUGGUUCAAUAUAAUGCAGACCCCAUUCCUCUGGAUCAUCUUUGUGUUAGUCACAGUUGAAAACAUUUUUGUUCUCAGUGUCUUCUGUUUGCACAAAAGUAGGUGCACAGUACCUGAAAUUUACCUGGGAAAUUUAGCUGCUGCUGACUUUAUUUUAGGUCUUUGUCUCCCUUUCUGGGCCAUUAACAUUACCAACAACUAUGACUGGCCCUUUGGGGAGAUACUCUGUAAAGUGGUGAAUUCCUUUAUAUACAUGAAUUUGUAUAGCAGCAUUUUCUUCUUGAUGAUGGUCAGUAUUGAUCGGUACUUGGCCCUAGUGAAAACCAUGUCUAUGGGCCAAAUGCGAAGAACCUGCCAUGCCAAAUGCUACAGUUUCAUCAUAUGGCUUUUCACAAUGAUAGUGAGUUCUCCUGUGGUGAUUUUCCGUACCCUACGGGAGUAUAAAGAUGAGGGCCACAAUAUCACUGCUUGUGUUUUAGCCUAUCCAUCACCCAACUGGACAAUCUUCACCAAUAUUCUCCUCAACGGUGUAGGCUUUAUGCUGCCCCUCUGCAUCAUCUCUUUUUGCUCUGUGAAAAUCAUCCAUGUUCUGCGAAACAAUGAAAUGCAACAGUUCAAGGGAAAGCAGACAGAAAAAAAGGCUGCCAUCCUUGUCCUGGUGGUCCUUCUGCUCUUCAUCAUCUGCUGGCUCCCAUUCCAGGUUAGCACACUGAUGGAUACCUUCUAUCGGCUAAAGGUCAUCUCAGACUGUCAGACUGUAAAUAUUCUCAAUGUGUUUACACAAAUAGGAACAUAUAUUGGUUAUAGCAACAGCUUCCUGAACCCUCUGGUAUAUAUUUUUGUGGGGAAAAGAUUCCAGAAGAAAUCUAAGGAGGUCUACAAGGAAUGUUUCAAGAUUGAGUGGUGCCAAUCAGACUCAAUCCAAAUAGAAAAUUCAGUGAGCACUUUGAAGACUACCAUAUCAAUGGACCGGCAGAUAAACAAACUUCACAAGCAUCUAGAAUACAACCAGUAAUUUGUUCUAUUUUAUUUUUAAAAGACUGCAAAACUACAGCUUUACAUAUGAUCAUGAGCCAUUUUCAGUAUGUACUGGCUGCAGUUGGUACUGGGCAAGCCAGGGGCCAGUAGAAAAACUUUCAAUUUUCUGGAGAUGCAGAGCAGUGAAGGGAGGAGAGUAGCACCUGGUCAUCCAACCUUACAUCCACCUAACCCCUCUUCCUCUCUCUUGCCCCUAAUGAUAAUAUGGAUCCUCAGGAAAAAUCCUGGGCAUAGAAGCACUCCUGUCCUUCUAAUGACAGAGUAGUCACUGCCCAGUUUAGGGUUGGACAAAUUAUUAUUCCUGAAUUUUUGAGUCUGGCAAUGAUUUCUAUGGAUGGGAUCCAUGACUAAUGAAGGCUCAUCUCCAAGUUUAGUAAGAAAAUUGUUUGUGGAUAGAAAACAAGCAGCAUUAUUUAACUCCCUUCAUUUUGUAUUUAUUCAAAUAAAUAAUUGAAGGAAGUAAGAAAUAUUUUAGUGCAAGAAAGAGAAUCCAAAUCAAUUCAACAUGUAUUUCAAGAUUGUCUACUGUGAAACCUGCACAGGCUCUUGUCCAUAAACAACAACUGAAGAGAUGAUAGAAAUUGGGUCCUUCUAAGGUUAUAUGAAAGCACAAAGAGGUGUAAUUGACUAGAGGUUAAAAGACUAACCUUAGAGUUAGGCAAACUUAGACUGAAGUCCAACCUACCUGUACAACCUUGGGUCAAUUCCUUAAUUUCUUAGGGUUCUCUCAAAGAAAAGGAGAAAUUAUUGAGGCCUUAGCAGUCUGUAUCAGCUACAAAAUUGCAUCAGGGAACUCUGAGAGGUAUUUCCACUUCAGCUAUUCCUAAUACCAAAAAUGUCACUACUCUUACAUCAUUCUCACCUUAGCUCUCUCCUGUCCACUUCCCACCCACCCCUCCAAAAAAAAAAAAAAAAAAAAGUAAAGCUAUG